AUGUGUAAUGUUGGUCUUAGUGGUAAUCAUAGUGGUCACCGUCCAGGAUCGGUAGCUACUUGCUUUUCGAACUAUUCUAUUGCAGUUGUUUUCAUCAACUCCACUAUCAUCCACUCAUCAACGGCUGAGACAAUAACAGCGAGUACCGCAAAUACUUCCUUGACACAUUGUCAGGCAACAUUCGAAUUAAUAUCAGUACAAACAAGUGACGAUAACCCAGCAUAUUUCUAUCCUAUUGCUGGAGACUUCAAUGGCGAUAAUCAGUUGGAUAUUGCCUAUUAUUCACCUGUGUUUGAUAGCAUAGGCGUGGUAUUAGGAAUUGGUAAUGGAAGUUUCGAAGCAUUUGUAAAGCUGAUUCCACUUUAUGGUGCUUCAAUAAUCGAGAUGACCGUUGGCAAUUUCAACGAAGACAACUAUCUGGAUGUCGUCACCAUAGUUAAUGAGUACAACUCGUAUCUAUUGAUUUUGGUUGGACAAGGUGAUGGCACUUUCGAAGCAUCUACGCCGUUUCCUCAGAGAAUGCUCUAUUAUACUCGUGAUGUCGUAGUCUCGGAUCUAAACGAUGAUAAUCAACCAGAUAUUGUUGUUUGGUUAUCCGCUGGUUUUAGUAUCAGCGCACGCUCGGUCGUUGUCAACGAGUUUAACAACGAUAACCAUUCGGAUAUCGCUAUCUUAGAUGAAUAUAGUAGAAAUAUAAUCGUCUUUCUCGGGCGUGGUGAUAGUACUUUUGAAGAACGGAUAGUAUCUUUCACUGGUGGCGCACUGGUCCCGGUUUAUAUAACAGUGGGGGACUUCAACGGUGAUGGUCAUUCAGAUAUCAUAUUUUACAAAUACGAUCCUUCGAGUAUAGAUAUUUUGCUUGGCAACGGAAGAGGUCGUUUUGAACGAAAAACGAUACUUCAAAUUGAGAUUCCGUACGAUAUAGCUCGAUUAAUUGCUGGCGAUUUCAACGGUGAUGGUUAUCAAGAUAUAAUCAAUUUAGUAGCCUAUAGUCCUCCGUUUAACGUCCUUUUGAAUACGUGUCAAUGUUGUACAACUUAG